CUGCUAAAACUGUUCUUUAAAAAAACGUAUAAGGUCCUCAAUUUCACAUUCAGGUAUUUUGCCGAAGCCGAAACCAUGCCUGCAUUUCAGUUGUUAUGAGUAGAAGGGGCUGAGUCACGUUACUUCCUGGUUUGAAGAGCCAGUGGUUGGAGGAACUGCGUGGCUGAAAAAAGAAACUGACACGUGGAUCUUCAUCAACACUUCAGAUAUCAGAAAAAAGCUGAAAUUCCUCUCGCUGCGAUAUAGCAGCUGUGAAAGCCGAGAGUCCGCUCACUACUUCCGGAGCGCAAUGGAUGCGGAGAUGUUUUAAUGAGAUGCUUCGGCGAAGAAACAUAUUUUUUUCAUUGCUUUGCUUUUUUGCCUGUCACACUCGCACAGACUGACCCGAGAGGAUAACAGAGCGGAUAGUCACACACGGAUAUAUUUGUCGUUGAAUGGCAAUUCUACAAAAACAUGGAAAGAACUCUUGUCCAGAUUUGGCCAGUCUUAAGGAGAACCCCGCAGAUAAUGUCGGACCAGCUGGAGCACAGAAGAAGUGGGCAGAGUCCAGUCAGAACUGGACAAGGCCAGUAGCGAGGAUAUGGACGGUGGUGCUGUUGCUGGGGACGUGCCUGCUGUACUGUGCCCGUGUGGCCAUGCCUAUCUGUGCAGUGAGCAUGGCUGAGCGCUUCAGCUGGUCCAAGAGAGAGACGGGCAUGGUGCUGGGCAGCUUCUUCUGGGGCUACUGCUUCACUCAGGUGCUUGGAGGCUACGUCAGUGACAGGGUGGGAGGAGAAAAAGUGAUGCUGUUGUCGGCGGCAGCAUGGGGAGCAAUGACGGCCUUCACGCCAAUCUUAGCCCAUUUCUGCUCCCAGCCCAUCGUCUCCAUGACCGUCUCCCGCUUCCUCAUGGGCCUGCUGCAGGGUGUUCACUACCCAUCUCUGGCCAGUCUGUGCUCUCAGAAGGUUGUGGAGAGUGAGAGGGGCUUCCUCAUGAGCACCGUAGGAAGCGGCUCAUACCUGGGGACUCUGGUGAUAGGAGGCAUAGGCUCUCUGAUGCUGGACUUGUAUGGCUGGGAGAGUGUAUUCUACGUCUCUGGGCUUCUGUCUGUGUUGUGGUCGUACUGCAUGUGGAAGUAUCUGCUCAAAGGAGAAGGUCCCAUCAUCACACUGGAGUCUCUGGGCAGCGCUGGGACCCAGUCCAAACUGUCCAAGAGAAACUUGCUGCGUCUCUUCAGACAGCCAGCUGUGUGCGCCGUUAUUAUUACACACUUGUGCACCGCUAGCACCUUCUUCACACUGCUGUCAUGGCUGCCAACGUUUUUCAAGGACACCUUCCCUGAUGCCAAGGGUUGGGUGUUUAACGUGAUCCCAUGGUUUGUGGCCAUCCCUUCUUCCCUGUUUAGUGGCUGCCUUUCAGACCAUCUAAUCAGUCAGGGGUUUGAUACUGCGUCAGUUAGAAAACUCAUGCAGUUCUUCUCUAUGGGCGUCUCCAGUGUGUUUACUCUGUUCCUGUGUUGGACCACUACCUUCCCCACAGCUGUGGCUUUCGUGUCUGCUACUAUGGGCCUCACCACAUUCAGCCACAGUGGGGUUUCAGUGAACGUUCAGGAUCUCGCUCCAUCCUGUGCGGGGGCUCUGUUUGGAGUAAUGAAUACCUGUGGAGCAUUUGCAGGGGUCAUCAUGGUGUAUUUCUCGGGGUAUCUGAUCGAGACCACUGGCUCCUGGGCGUCAGUAUUUGGGCUCAUCACUGUAGUGAACCUGUUGGGUUUAGGAACAUUUUUAAGCUUUGCGGAAGCUCGCAGAGUGGACAUAGAUCUAGCGAAGGGCCGUUACCACAACAUCCACAUCUGAGAGCACAGAUGACGGGAGCAGAGCAGCAGAAAUGACAGACUCUGACAGAAACCUUUCUCAAGCAAUCACUGGUUUCUUCAUUUCAGUUCUUCAGAGACUGUUUUAUUAUUGUUUGGCUGAAGAGAAUCUAGGAGAAGCUGGAUGAGAUCUGUUAAAGAUCACUAGGAGCCACAGUAUGAAGUGUGUUACUGAAUAUUUUGCAUUCAUUCAUUUCUAUUUUACCCUGUAGCACUUGUGUUGAUUUAUGGUAGCAGUUGCUUUAAUAUCAUUAUUACUGCGACCAAAGCAGUUCAGAAUAACUGCAAUACACCGUCCAUUUAACCAGAUGAAGACCAAAAGAUUGAGUUCGAGAGUCUGAGUAUUGACAGUGUCAUGGCAUCGUGUGACAUUUUAAAAUACCUCAUCUCAGACAUCUCAGCUGUUUUUCACACUGUGUGAGUGUGAUCGAGAUUACAGUUUGUUACCGCAGAAUUAUAGUUUGUAUCAGUUUGAAGAGCGUUACUGUCAUUAGAUGAAACAUGUGCUAGGUCAUCUUGACAUUGGCUGAUCCUUUAAAGCGUUUUCUUUGUCUCCGCUGUCUGCUGUUGAGAACGGUUUCUGAUCUUUAAAGGAUGCUUUUGUCUUUGAUUUAAUCGUUAGAGACCUCUCUGUGGGUCAUUUGCUUGGACCAAGAUGUUGCACAAUGAAAUGGAUGUAUUAUGGUGAGAAGCUUUAUUAUGUAGAGACAAGACUCUGAACAUUAUAUCCAAUUCAAAAAUAUUUCAAUGCAAUUCAUGCAACUUAUUUAAAUAUUUAACCUGUGAGUGUAUAAUGUACCGUAAAUCAAAAACUAAAACAUUUCCGAUCACAAAAGUCAUACAUUGUGCCGUAAAUCUAUUUCUCAGAGUAAAAUAAAAUGUUACUGUUUAGUUACUUUAAAGAAACUGAAGGAAAAGCAAGGCCUAGGAGGCUUAGCUGCGCUUUAAUGGUUCUUUUUUCAGUGUGCAUUGAAUCAGCAACAUAUUUCUGCAACAUAUUUUCUUGCAGGCAUAUUGCAAGGAAGAUCAUGACAGAUUUGCAAAGAAACAAUCAAAAAAAAAAAAAACUUGAAUUGUUAUAUAACACUGUUCUCUGCAUGGAACUCGAGGAAAUUGUAUUUUCCCCAGUACAUUAGUACAUAAAAUCACAAGAAAUAUGUUCACAAAGGUUAUUUGUGAUUAAAAUGUUACUUUAUACAUAGAUUAGAUAUCACUGUGUGUAAUAUGCAGUAGACAAUAUUUCAGAAUACUUUUAUAUUUGAUUUAUACCUAAUUUAGAGAUUAGAUUGAAAAUGCAUACAUGAUCUUUGCUUUCUUAAUUCAUAUUGUAUUUUUUCUCUGGAUUCUGAUCUUGUUUUGACUGAUGCAGCUUUAUAGAAAUGCCAUCUUGCAUAAAUAUUGUUCCAUUCCAUUUAAGGCUGUUUAAUUUGAUUUUUAAAGUGUUAAUGGUUUACAAUAGACUGUUCUGCAUAACUGAUUUAUGAUUGUGGGGUUUGUUUCAUUAUCACAGCUGACAAUAACUUGCAUUAGUGUAGCGAUGAGGAAAUUCUGCAUAUUUAUUAUGCUUGCGUCAUUCCUUAUAAUUAUUAUUUUACUCAAGACUAGUAAACACAAUAGAUGAUCUGUGAAUUAAUGCAGUGUCGUAGCAUACUGAAUUGAGGAUGAAAGAAAUGUAUCACAGAAAACUGAAUCAAUGCAUACUGUGAUCUUUCUUUCAAGACAAAUGUCACAUUAAAAAGAAAUGUAAACAAUGUAAAUGCAGUAUUCUGUAUUUGUAAGCAUAUUUUGCUGAAAUAUAAAAGUAUAUUUUAAUCAA